AGCAUCUUAAAAUUGCUCUGCCUUAAAGCGCAAGCGACGGCAACCCAACAACCGCUUCACUCUCAUCUCCCUUUCUCCCGAAACCUAAUUUUUUCCCUCUUCUUCUAAAUGAGAACCCCUCCAACUCCUUCGCGAUGCUCUGCUCCGGUUCCAGAUCCAUACUGGUUCGGAUGGCCGCCGGCGAUUUCCUUGCCGCCAUUAUUGCCUUCGCGGCCGUGAUAUCCACCGCAAGCGGUCAGUUCGAUAGCUGCAACUCCGAUGUGGCCAUUCUUCUCCCCCCUCCGUUCAAUGCCUCCGUUUUCACCUGCCGCGCCAUCUGGAACAGCUUCAUCCUAAGGUACUCCCAGCGUCCAGAUAACAUUCUGACCAUCGUGCUCUCUGCUCCCUAUACCUCCGGCUGGGUUGGCAUGGGAUUUUCCAAUGAUGGACUAAUGGUUGGCUCCAGUGCGAUGGUUGGCUGGAUUGGAAGAGCAGGCAAAGCACAUAUCAGACAGUUCUAUCUCCGCGGCCAGUCUUCUUCUCAGGUUCUUGUAAAUGAGGGCCGUUUGCUGCGAACUGCCGUUAAGCCUGCGGUUCUUCUUUACGGUUCCAGCAUCUAUUUGGCAUUUCAGUUGAAAUUCUUAGCUCCUGUUGCCGAGAAGAAGCUCCUCUUUGCCUUUGCGACUGAAACCCCAAAUGGUUUUCACCUCACAAAGCAUGAUGAUAAAGUGUCCAUUAACUUCGAUUUCUCAGCAGGUGUGUUAUUUUUCCUCAAUUACACUUUUGUCAAGUUUUUGCCACUAAAAUGA